CAGCCUCAGAGGAAAGCAGAACCGGAACCCGCUCCGACGUUGGAGGGUCACGUUUACCCGAAACUUAUUUUCAAAUGGGCCCCGUCGCCUAGCGUUAACCCCCCCCAGCCUCGACCGAGUUGAACCGGGUGCUUCCGAACAUCGAGCACGACUGAGCCACUGAAAGGUUUCCAUCCAGCACAGACCACCUCGACCAGCGGCAGAAGAAUGGCGGCUAUUCCAGCAGGCGGUUCUCUCGUGGCGACCACCGACUACUACCGGAGGCGCAUCGGCUCCACCUCCAGCAGCAGCUCCUGCGGCAGCUCCGAGUUCAGCGGCGAGGUCAUCCCUCACCACCCAGGUCUCCCUAAGCAGGACUCUGGACACUGGUGGUCCAGCUUCUUCUUCGGGAAGCAGCCGGGGAUGACGCCCCUGACCGAGGAGGCGCAGCAGCGGGACCGGGCGGCGGGGGUCCCGGGGGCGGCGGCGGUGACCAACGGUCAGAUCACCUGCGUGGCGAGGGAGAUGGUGAUGCAGCGGCAGGCGAGCGAGAGCAGCGAGGCGGGAACGCCGACGUCUCCGUGAAGCCGCCGCCCCGCCGGGGAGGAGGAACC